CUAUCUCCUACAGAUAGCCCCCAGCGUGGCAGAGGAGCAGGUCUUUCCGCACCUCAGCUCAGCUCCGGCUUCCCUGACACCUCGGCGCUGCUCAGAGAGCUCACUCUCAAGUCCAUGCUUCUGCUAGCCCCAAGCUACCGCUCUCCCCUCAACCUCCCUUCCCCUCUCCCUUUCCCCUCUCUCCCCUCCCCCCCCACUCAGCUCUCGCAACGCACUCUCGGAGGGUCGCUGCUCAAGCACCUCUCAAAGCUGCAGGUGGACGAGGAGGCAGCCAUCCGCACCAACACCACCAUUCUGCUCGGCAACAUUGCCAGACACCUCAACGACGCUGUGAGUUGCACCCAGAACGUUUGGUUUGGCCUUCUGAAUGACGCUACGCGCAAGCGAGUGCUCAUCAAUGCCUUCACUGUUCGCGCUCUAAGGGACGCCUUCCCCCUGCCAGAGCGGCAGGUACGACCUCCCCCUUCCAAGGCUGCAGGUACGACCUCCCCCUUCCAAGGCUGCAGGUACGACCUCCCUCUGCCAGAGCUGCAGGCAUCAUGGCGCUGUCAGCCACACGAGAGUACUACGAUGCCACUGAGAUCGCCCACCACACCUAACCCCACCGCAUCCCCCUCACAUCUACCGCAACCCCUUCACAUCCUCUGUGCAGGCAUAAUGGCACUGUCAGCCACACGGGAAUACUACGAUGCCACUGAGAUCGCCACCCGCAUUCUGCCUGCUCUGGUGGUGCUCACUGUAGAUGCCGACACUGAUGUGCACACCAGGGCAGUCCAGGCCGCCUUCUCGUUCCUCCAGUCUGUCUCUGAUUUCCACGCUAAGCUGGGAUGUCAGCUCACUCACCUCAGCGGGCUGUCAGCAUUCGUGUUCAUCUCCAUUCCCAAGGCGGGCCAGGAACAGCAGUGUUCCCAAGGCUGGCCACUCCCACCAUUCGUGUGCAUGUCUUAUCAUCCCUCUAAACCCCUCCGUUCUCCCUCCCAUACCCCCGCCUACUCAACUCCAGCAGCAUCAGAGCCUGAGGGCAACGGGUGGGGAGAAAUCGAGGAAGAGGAGGAGGAAGAGCAGCCGAAACCAAAGCCCUCAGUUCACCGACCAGCCCCUGCCAGACCCACCGCCCCCGCCAGACCCACCGCCCCCUCCUCUCACACCUUCUCCAAGCCUGCCCCAGCCGCACCUUCCCCAGCUGAACCCGAAGCAGAGGAGGACGAGGAGGAGGAUGGGGACGGGUGGGGCGAUCUGGAUGAUGGGGAGGAGAGUUCUGCGUCUAAGGGUGCUGCUGCUGCUUCUGCCGCCGCUGCUGCUGCUGCUUCUGCCGCCACUGCUGCUGCUGCAGCCUCUCUCUCUCGCAUGCAAGCAGCCCAGCAACGACCGGUGGUGCAUCACACUCCUGCUGCUGCUCCUGCUGCUACCCCUGCAGCAGCAACAGCUCCCACUGCGUCGCCUCAAAAAGCAGCACCAGUGCGGCCAGCAGCGGUGAGAUUAGGUGGAGGAGCAGCGGCAGGGAAGGCCGGUGGGUCCCUGGGUGUGACAAGAGGGAAACCGGCACCAGCAGCAGCCUCGUCUGCUGCCUCACACUCAACCAGUAAGGAUGAGGAUCCCUGGGCCGCCAUCGCUGCUCCUGCUCCUGUCAGCUCGGCCAAGCCUCUGCGCGCCGGAGCUGGCACAUCUGGCUCGGCAGUUAGCAGAGGUUCGGCAGCAAGCCGAGGCGGAGCUGGUGGUACGGCAAGUGGGCAUGUGAAGCUGCCAGCAGGGGCGAAUAUGGAUCUAGAGAGAAUGCUUGGGGAUGACAGUGGGGGGAAGAAGCCCACUGGCAUGAGGCUAGGAGCACAGAGAAUCAGCCGAUAG